GAAGGUUGCAGCCUGAGGCGCGGGCUGCCAGGGCAGGGUGCUAGGCCCUCCCACCACCCUCGGGCUGGGGGGGAAGGGGUGGAGCAGCGUCUUCAGGCUGCAGCCAGCUGCCAGCAGGAAGGAACACCCUGCUACUGCUUCCCUCUCCAGCCUGCGGCGGGUCCUGCUGCCCCCGGGCGCAGCGCAGUGCCAGGAUGAGUGCUACAGGUGCGGAGGGGCCGGGGCCCUGCAAUGUUUCCUUCAGUAAGUUCCAGGAGCACAUGUGGCCAGCGGUGACGGUGGAGUUCUUCCUGGCCUUCGCCGGCAAUGCCUUCGCCAUCUACCGCUUCGUGGCGCGUGAGCGCACCUGGCACACGGGCAUCGUGUAUUCCUUCAACCUGGCCGUCAGCGACCUGCUCUACGCCCUCUCCCUGCCCUUCCUGACCGCCUACUACUACCCGCCCAAGCACUGGCGCUACGGCCUGGCCCUCUGCAAGCUCGAGCGCUUCCUCUUCAGCUGCAACCUGUACGGCAGCAUCUUCUUCCUCACCUGCAUCAGCCUGAACCGCUACCUGGGCAUCGUGCACCCGCUGCUGGUGCACGGCCGGCUGGAGCCGCGCCACGCCAAGCUGCUGAGCGGCGCCGGCUGGCUGCUGGUGGCCGGCCUCUCCGCCCCCACCCUGCACUUCUCGGAGCUGCAGCCCAGGGGGAACUGCACCGAGUGCCUGGGCAGCGCCACGGCCGAGCAACUGCCCCGCUACCUGCCCUACAGCCUCUUCCUGGCGGCCUUCGGCUGCGGGCUGCCCUUCCUGCUCACGCUCUUCUCCUACGCGGCCAUCCUCCGCACCGUCUGCCGCAACCCCCACAUCACGCGGCUGGAGAAGCGCAAGGUGGGGAGGCUGGUGAGCGUGGGGGUGGCCCUCUACGCUGUCUCCUACCUGCCCUACCACACCCUGCGCAACCUCAACCUGCACCUGCGGCAGCAGUGUCUGCUGGGCAAGGCGCCGAACUACCAGCACGCGCUGUUCGUCCACUCCGCCUACCAGCUCAGCAAAAUCCUGGUCACCCUCAACAUCUGCGCCCACCCGCUGCUCUACGGCGCCCUGGCCGACAGCAUGCGGGGCUGGUGCAGGGCCCCCCGCAGGCAGGACAGGGGCCAGCCCUCAGAGAACAUGGAGCUCAAGGCCUGUGGCUGACACCGGGGAUGGAACCAGCCUCCCCCCACACUUUGUGCUGCCAGCACACAGGACUGGCUCUCCCCCCCGCAGCCCAGGCCAGACCACGCAGGGGGUAACAGCAGCUGCUCCGGCUGCCUGCCCCAAACUCUGGGGGGCAGCUCCUCCCUCCUCAGCUAGACACCAACCCCCCUCUGAGCCCCUCAGCGAGUGGGGCUUGUGACACCCCUGUUACCGCAGCGGGGGCUGGGCUCCUGCGAGAUCGGCCAUUAAAGCAGAGUCA